AUGCGGGAUGUUAGACCAACUGUUGAGAAUCACAGGUGUGUCUCCAGACUCUCCCUUCGCAACGCUCCAAUACUCCCGUGCCCCUUCACUCCAAACACGACGCGAUCGUCGCAAUUCUCCCUUCCUGAGGCUCAUUCCGUGCACGCCGCGUUCUUUUCCUCUCGUCCGUUCCUCCCUUACCCGCCACGUCGCAUUCAGUGUCCCGUCCGCUUCCGGUGCGCGCUGCCGUCUCUUCCUUCUAGACGAUUCAUCCGUGGCGGACUCGUCCUAUUCACCCUCCCGUGCGCGCUUCGUCCCGCCCACCCCGUCCUUUUCUCCCAUGCCCGCCGCUUUGCAUUAUUUCUCCCGUCUGCUUCUCCCGUGAUCGUUGUCGUCCCUCCCUCUGUUCCAUUCCUCCCCUCCCUCUCAUUCCCCUCUCAUUCUCUCAUUCCGUGCGCCAUCCUUCUCAUUCCCCUCUCAUUCCCCCCUCAAACUCUCAUUCCGUGCGCCUUCACUCUCAUUCCCCUCUCAUUCUCUCAUUCCGUGCGCCUUCACUCUCAUUCCCCUCUCAUUCUCUCAUUCCGUGCACCUUCACUCUCAUUCCCCUCUCAUUCUCUCAUUCCGUGCGCCUUCACUCUCAUUCCCCUCUCAUUCUCUCAUUCCGUGCGCCUUCACUCUCAUUCCCCUCUCAUUCUCUCAUUCCGUGCGCCUUCCCUCUCAUUCCCCUCUCAUUCCCCUCUCAUUCUCUCAUUCCGUGCGCCUUCACUCUCCUUCCCCUCUCAUUCUCUCUUUCCGUGUGCCUUCGCUCUCAUUCCCCUCUCAGUCUCUCAUUCCGUGCGCCAUCCCUCUCAGUCUCUCUUUCCGUGCGCCUUCACUCUCAUUCCCCUCUCAUUCUCUCAUUCCGUGCGCCAUCCCUCUCAUUCCCCUCUCAUUCUCUCAUUCCGUGCGUCAUCCCUCUCAUUCCCCUCUCAUUCUCUCAUUCCGUGCGCCUUCACUCUCCUUCCCCUCUCAUUCUCUCUUAGGGUGUGCCUUCCCUCUCAUUCCCCUCUCAACCUCUCAUUCCGUGCGCCUUCACUCUCCUUCCCCUCCCAUUCUCUCAUUCCUUGCGCCUUCACUCGCAUUCCCCUCUACUCCUCUUCUCACGUGCGCGUUCUCAUCGUCCCCCUCUGGUUCACUCCUCACGUGCGCGAUCUCUCUCUUUGUCCCAUUCCCCUCUGCUCCGCUCCUCCCGUGCGCAUGCUCCCUCUUUCCCCUCUGCGCCUAUCCGCCCAUGCGCAAUUUGUCUUUUUCCCCUCUGCUCCUCUACCCCCUUUGCGCCUUCUUGCUCGCUCCCCUCUGAGUCUCUUCUCCAGUGCGCCCUCUCUCUCUUCCCUCUGUUUCUCUUCUAGUGUGCACUCUUUCUCUUGUUCCCGUUUUGCACCUUCUCUCUCCCGUACGCUCGUCCUCGCUAUGCUCCACACUAGUGAUACUUCCUCAUCCUCUGAUUCAGUAGAUAGCGUGCAGCCGUUUGAACAAGAUGACGAUGCGUCUAGUAACGCUGCUGUAUCUGGUGCUGAUGAUGAUGGUGGGGAGGGAGCUCAAGCAGGUGUUGCACUGGCGGAAGAGGAAGAUGCCCCUCAGUUUAACCUCAAGGAUGCUCUUGCGCGCAGGAUCCUCUCCAACCGACUCUCUAUCAGUCAGAUUAACGCUCUGUUGGAAAUCCUGCAUCCUCAAUAUGUGGGGAACGUGAGGGUGUACAGUAACCCCGAGACAGGCCUAUGGUGGGAGAGGUUGCAAACUUUGGUGCGGGAGGAGGAUCCGGAUGGAGUUGUGGCUGCUUUGAUCCUUGCGAGUGACGAGACGCAUAUGGAUCAUAGAGGGAAGGCGAAGGGUCAUCCUGUGUAUCUCACGUUGGGUAACAUUGAUAAGGACGACAGGUGGCAACCCUCUGGGCACGUGCUACUAGCACUGCUCCCUGAGUUUCUUGCAGAGUACAACGUAGUGGACAAGAUGCAAGUCCACAAUUACAUCAUGCGAGAGGUGCUGCAAUCUCUUAAGACGGCAUCCUACACCGGCAUGGCUAUGAAGAAUGCUGUAGGCGAGUCAAUCAACGUGUGGCCCUAUUUGUGGCUGGAGCCGAAGAUGGACGCACUCGUCUCAUACAUCGAGUGGUACCUCGAGUGCGCGCGGGCAUCGGAACACACUGACACCUCCCUCCUUGAGUUCAAGACAAAGGCACAACCGCUGGGAGAUGACAUUCUUACAGAAGAGAAUAAGAGGCGGCAGUUAGCUAAAGAGGCUGCUUUAAAAACAGCUGCAGUCAACACUCUCCACGGCGCUCCCACGGUUGGUAAGACGGCAGCUGCAGGCCGUCGGGGCGGGUCUAAGAGGAAACGUGCUGCCGCCGGCUCUGUAGUGAUUGAGGCCGCAGAGGAGGGCGGCGUGGAUCCUUCAUCGCGUACGGCAUCGAAGCUGGUAGCGACGACGAAGACGGGAACUACGACGAUUGCAGAUGAUGUUGACGGCGUCCAAGCGGGAAACGACGAUGAGUUGCGCGCAGUGGAGGUUCGCGCUGCGGAAGUGUGCGCGGCGAAGGUUCGGGCGGUGGAGGUUCGGGCGGCGGAGCUUCGGGCGGCGGAGCUUCGGGCGGCGGAGCUUCGGGCGGCGGAGAUUCGGGGCGGCGGAGAUUCGAGCGGCGGAGAUUCGGGCUGCGGAGGUUCUCGCGCGGUGGAGGACCGCGCUGCAGCGGUUCGAGCGGCAGAUGUGCGCUCCUGCGGAGGCUCGCCAGACGGAGCUGGCGCCGCACACCUCGCAGCCUAA